AUGUAUAAAUUCAAUAGAACCGAUUCUUUUACGAUGGAGUUUCAGAACGGAAAUAACAAUGAUCAGUGGGUGAUCGGAAAAGCUCCUGCGGUCACUUGGACGAGAAUGGAGGACAAGCUCUUCGAGGAGGCUCUGGUGAUGUACCCCGAGGGAAUCGCCGACCGGUGGCAACUGAUCGCUGAUCGAGUGCCAGGAAAGUCAGCCGCGGACAUAAUGGUACACUACGAGGAUUUGGUUCAUGAUGUUUUGGCGAUUGAAUCGGACCUGGUCGAGUUCCCGAGUAACUGGGAUGUGUCCUGUGGGUGCGAGACUGAGUCGAGCCCGAGUCAGAUAGCGUCUGGAUCGUCGGGGAAGGUGGAGAGGAAGAAAGGAACUCCUUGGACCCAAGAAGAACACAGGUAA